AUGCCUCAUUCGGUUUCCUCAAAUGAAUCCGUACCGCGCGAUCAUGGCGAUAAUGAAGUUCUCCCAGACGCUCCUCCUGUUGCGGAGAAUACCGAUACGCCAGCAGAACAAAAGGCUGAAGCAAACGUAAAACUUGAAGAUUUGUUUGCAGAUGACGAUGACGACGAUGAAUUCCCUGCGUCGAGUGCAGCAGAUGUUAAAAUGAGGAGUUCUCCACCUCCAAUUCCCGCAGUUGCUACCAAAGAAUCCCCAGAAAUAGAUGCAGAAACCAUGCUUGCUUUUUAUCAACGUCUUUUCCCGUUCCGAACGAUGUUUCAGUGGCUAAAUCAUGGGGUGGUGCCAUCCCCAGACAUGGUUAACAGAGAAUUCGCUGUCUUCCUACAAAAUCAAGCCGUGCUUCGAUAUCAGUCAUAUGCAACUGCAGAUCUAUUUCGUCAGGAAAUUCUAAGAUUUAACCCAACUCGAUUCGAGAUUGGGCCUGUAUAUAGUACCAACCCUCGAGACCGCAAAAGUCGACCCGGUACGCAGAUGAAACCAGUUGCUAAGGAACUCGUCUUUGAUAUCGAUAUGACCGACUACGAUGAUGUGCUGGUUGACACUGCAUUGAGAGAGGAUUUCGGCUUUGAACACAUCUUAUGGGUAUACUCUGGUCGUCGUGGUGCCCACGCCUGGGUAGGAGAUUAUAAGGCAAGGCAACUCUCCGAUGACCGGAGGAAGGCCAUUGCUGGAUAUCUGGAAGUCGUGAAGGGUAAUGAUAAAAGCGGCAAACGAGUCAAUCUCAAAAGACCAUUGCAUCCACAUAUUGCUCGAAGCGUCAAGAUACUAGAGCCACACUUCAACCAGACAACGCUUAUUGACCAAGAUAUUUUUCUUCAAGAUGAAUCAGUGGAGCGGUUGCUGUCAUUGCUGCCCGACAAAAAGCUUUGCGACGCUCUUCGAAGAAAAUGGGACUCAACUCCAGAGCGUUCAAGCACAAACAAAUGGAAUGACAUUGUCACGCUGGCCAAAACGGUAAGUGGAUUAGAUCCAAAGGCACUCAGAGACGCACGAUACGACAUCGUUCUUGAAUACACCUACCCACGACUCGAUGCCGAGGUGUCCAAGAAGAUGAUUCACUUGUUGAAGAGCCCAUUCGUCGUGCAUCCUGGCACGGGCCGUAUUUGUGUCCCCAUCGACGGGCGAAACAUAGAAGAGUUUGAUCCCUUGUCGGUCCCAACAGUGACGGAACUCCUUAAUGAAAUCGAUGAAUAUGACGGCGAAACCCCGCUAUCGGCUUCGAAUGGUGAAACCAGUAGCUCUUCUGAGAGGAAAAUGCAGGACUAUGAAAAGACCAGAUUAAAACCCUAUGUCGACUAUUUCCGUUCCUUUGUGGCCAAUCUCAUGAAGGACGAACAGCCUAGAAAACGAGAACGAGGCGGCGAAGAGACGAUAAGUGAUGCGAUGGAGUUUUAA